UCUAACGAAGCUAUGUCCAUUAUGCUACGUUGAUUUGAAUUUAAAUGGCCCUUCUAUCCAUUCUAUGUCUAUGUCUAAAUCGCUCUACGUGGAAAGCAACUAACGGUUAAACAGUUAUUCCGACGCCACCUAAAUGCAGCAUUGGAUAAGUUAGCUUUGUGCUAACUCUGCAAUGGACAAUGUCCCCAGUUUUUGUUCGUCACUCUCUUCCGAAGAAAACGGACCAGAAACCGGCGACAGCUCGUCGACGGAAGAUGGAUUAGUCGACGCUUUUGGCGACCUGGCUGCCCUCCCGGUCGAGGUUGGCGAGAGAAGACCGACGUGUUUACGUUGCCGUCGCCCUGAGAAGGUGUGUCUCUGUCCUUUUCUUCCACCACAACCCCUGGAGGUCUCCACAUGUCUGUACGUAGUGCAGCAUCCUGCAGAGGAGAGCAGAGUACUUCGCACAGUGCCACUACUUGCUGCUUGUUUGCCACAAGAAAAGUGCAAUGUCAUAGUGGGAAGGAGAUUCAACGAGGAAAAGCACCCAGAGCUGGCAGCGGUGUGUCGGGACAGCAGGACGCUGAUACUAUACCCAGGUCCCAAAUCUCAGAACCUGGAGGAAUUGGUGCAAUACCAGGAAGUAGGCACUUUAAAACACAAUGUGAUCAUCAUAGAUGGCACCUGGAGCCAGGCCAAGAACAUGUUCCUCAAAAACAGCCUGUUCCACCUGCCUAAACAGGUGCAGCUCAGCAGGACUCUUUCCAGUCAGUAUGUGAUCCGCACACAACCCUCCAACAUCUGUCUGUCCACGCUGGAAUGUGCUGCUGUCGCCUUGUCCAUCCUGGAGCAGAAUGAGAUCAUCCAAGAGGUUCUGCUGAGGCCCCUAAAAGCCCUGUGCUCCUUCCAGCUGCAGCACGGCGCUCAGAUUCAUCAUAGCAAGGAGCAUCUACUGAAGAACGGCAUGUACGACAAACCCAUGCCCAAGAACAAACGCAAGAUAAAGAGGAUGGAGAAACUCGUCACCGACAGCAGCGUUUGCCCGAGAUGAGGGAGGGACUGAGCAGAGAAGCUCGACCGAUCUCUGUACACACAACUGUCUUAUACGCUGCACAGGACUGUAUCAUCAGGGCAGCAUGUAGCAGCAUCAGGGCACAGACACGGAAACCACUGGACUUUUUGGGACUUUGUUUUGUUUUGCUGGUAAAUUAAUUUAUGUAUUUGUCAUUCAUUUAAAAUAAAUUAAUGACACAUUAUACAAUGGACCUGGUUCCUCCCUAAGUUUUAUAAACACUAGUGAUUCUGUUGUGAUUGACUUUACACAUCUGGAAGGGAUGAUGUUUUUGGUUAUGUUACAAACCAAAAAUACCUCUAAAACACAUGAUAUUUCACGAAACUACAUGCACAACAACACACAUAAUAUAGCAGGAAAAGUGAGAAUUGUAUUGCACUGUAUGUGACGUCAGGAUUGUUGAUGAAUGUACAGUAAGGUCACAUUUUUACCUGUUAUGUUUUUAUAGUAAAUCUGACUGCAUAAUGUCCUCCUAUAAUACAAUAAAUGUACAUGGAUAAUA